UGGCCCCAAGAGCGCGCGCUGUGUGCGGUGGAGGAAGCAGCGCGGAGAGGCAGACAUCAGAGUGUGGUGAGCAGCGCCGGCAAGCGACCACCCCAAGCAGCGACGCUCAGGCACAGCAACUGCACCCUCUGCCUCUGCCUCUGCCGCGGCCGCUGCCUGCGGUGGCCGCCGGCGAGCGCCCGCGAAGGGAGCGGCUCUGUCCCACUGCGGCGCGCUCUUGUGCCCAGCUGGGCCCGUCGCCAGCGCGCGCCGGCGCCUCAGUCGCCGCUGAGACGCGCUUUCGCUGCCUCCCCGUUACGCGCAGCGCUCCUGCCUCGCUCACCUCAGGUCUGGUGCUCCGCUCGGCAGCAGCGGAUGCUUCGGGAAAGAACGACGGCCGUCUGCUCCUUUCCAGGCCCCGCCCCUUGGGAAGGAACGGCACCGGCCUCGGGAUGCUGCCCGCGCCCGUGCCUCUGCCUCUCCCAACGGCAUCCGCCUGCAACCCACCAGCCUGCGCCGGAUACGCACCAUCGUCCAGCCUACACGAGCAGCAGUGCGCUGCGGAGCGGCAGCGCGACCCGUGAACGCCUUCCGACGCCGGCGCCGUCCAGGAUGGGGAGCAGCGCACGGCGCGCCCGCAACGCUCCUCUCCGUCGACAGCCAGCUCCCUUGCGCGCCUGCGCGAUAUCCACUGCCCGCUGAGCAAAGGUAGGAUGGCCAAAGUGGC